UGGACGCGUCGCGAACAGUCGACAAGUGAUAUCGCGUCAUGGAGCAGCAGCAUCUGAUCUCGAAGGAUGACUCCCCCAGGCGCGUCCGAAUGGAAAGCUCGCCCACCACGUCGGCCGUCGGCUUCCACCUGAUAAACAAGAAGGUUAUCAUCUUCUUGGUCUCUGCCGUGGCUGUGCUGGGAUGCGCGUUGGCGCUGAACCUGGUCCACAUUUACGGGGCGCCGGCGUUCACGGCCGAGACGGCAAGUACGGGGUCGCAGGAGGAGGAUUACCUGUCGAUGCCGGCGUCCGUCGCCGCCGCGCCGGUACAUGUGGAUCCGACAAUGGAGCGGGCACCACCUGUCGAGUCGGCGCCGGCUUUGCCGCGCCGUGCAGCCGUGCUGCCAGCCGCUGUCGCGGAGAGUGGCGAGCCCGUAGAUAUCGCCGCCUUCACGCAGUAUGCGGCCGGCGAGGACGACAGCAGCGGCGGCAACGACACGAGGUGA